UGUGGAGGAGCAGCUCCUAUUCUCUUGUCUGCGUUAUCUGGAGAACAAUGCAAACAAGCCACAGAUUAUCACCUGAGGGCACCUCUGACUGCAGGAUGAUUGACACCUUAUACCAGUGGAUCUGGUGGGACCGCUUCUGGCUGCCAGUCAACCUGACCUGGGCGGACCUAGAGGACCGAGAUGGGCGUGUCUAUGCCAAAGCCUCUGACCUCUAUGUGACGUUGCCUUACGCCAUAGGCUUCCUACUGGUCAGAUACCUGUUCGAAAGGUUGAUAGCCACGCCUCUAGCAGCCUCAGUGGGGAUCCGGGAGAAGGCCAGACUGAGAGUACCAGACAACCACAUCCUCGAACUCUACUAUCUCUCUCACUCCAGAAACCCUGGCCAGGCAGUUAUAGAUGGUCUGUCUAAGAAGAGCGGCUGGUGCGUUAGGCAGGUGGAGCGCUGGUUCAGAAAGAGAAGAAACCAGGAUCGUCCCGGAGUACUGAAGAAGUUCAGAGAGGCUAGUUGGAGGUUUGUGUUCUAUCUGUUGGCGUUAAUUGGAGGAGUUGUGUCCCUGUAUGAUAAAGAAUGGUUUUAUGAUACGAGGGAAGUGUGGAAUGGAUUUCCAAAACAGACUAUGCUGGAUUCUCAGUACUGGUACUACAUCCUGGAGGUGAUGAGCUUGUAUGUGUUGUUAGGACUUUAAGGAACAGAUCUCUUCAGAGUCACUUUUGAUGUCAAGAGGAAGGACUUUAAGGAACAGAUCAUCCACCAUUUGGCCACCCUGACGCUGCUGUCCUUCUCUUGGUGUGUCAACUACAUCCGUAUAGGAACCCUGGUGAUGCUCAUCCACGAUGCCUCCGACGUCCUGCUAGAGUCUGCCAAGUUGUUUAACUACGCCAAAUGGGAGAGAACCUGCAACAGUCUCUUUGUGGUGUUUGCCAUAGUGUUCAUGGUUACCCGACUGAUCAUCUUCCCAUUCUGGCUGAUCCACUGUACGUGGGUGUACCCCACACUCCAGUACCCCCCGUUCUUUGGUUACUACUUCUUCAACGCCAUGCUGGUGGUCCUCCUGUUCCUGCACAUCUUCUGGGCCUACCUCAUCCUGCGCAUGGUCAAGAAGUUCCUCUUCGGCAAAAUGACCAGAGAUGAAAGAAGUGAUGAUGAGGAGGAUGGUGAAGACAGCAGUCUGACUGAAGAGGAAAAAGAGGAGGACAGUUAUCGUUACGGCAACGGUUCUGGACUGGGCACAAAGGAGGGCAACAACGGCUGCUUCAGACACUUAUCUCUCUCUGAGAACGUCUGCCCAUCAAAAACCGUCUACUGACCAAGCUCGCGUCGUGAUUGGCAGAGCCCUGCACCAGAGGCAGGGAGUGGUGGGAUCGAGGUCAUAGGAGAAGCUGGAACAACACAAAACAGAUUCCAUCCCAUAUGGAAAAACAACAGCAAGCAGACAAACAUUUAGAUUAAGAUUUAUGACUCUAGAAUUUGGAAUGUAGCCUGGCAAAAAAUAAAUACUUCACACACAGAAAGAGACCGUUUUUCUUGGCCUGUAGUUUCUUCCACGUCCAAACUCCUCUCAUCUUCAAGGAAAACAAUGUUGACGAUGGCACAGUUUCACAUGGAACCCUCCUCAGACAGCAAUGAGACAAAGACCAGAUAACCAAAACCAAAAAACACUAAAACCCUUUGUUUUUGUUCAUCGUCAUAUUUAAUCAGUUCAGUAUUGUUGCAGAAAAGUGGUGCACAAGCACAUGGUAAAACGGUGCCACACGGACGCUUCACCUGAGCCCUUCAUCCAUCAAGGCCUGGCAAGGGUUUAUAGUUUAUGGGCUGCGUUCAUUCACUAGCGGUCUACAUGUUUUAUUUCAACCUCUGCUGGCUAUGGGAGUUAGUUAUGGACAAAUAGGAGAUGAAUGAGAGACAAUAUCCCAAUGGACUCCUCCAGAUGAUAUUGACGUGUGUUUUGGAGAGAGAG